GGCGUUGUCCCCUGCUGGCCAUUACAAAGAAUGCAAGUUUAAGGCACUUAUGCAUUGACUUCACUUUUCAGACUGGGAGUAACCCGCUUUAAAGUCAGGGGGGUGGGGGGCUGGUGGGCUGGUUAGGGCUCCCAAAAAGCUGAAGCUGGCCCUGCCCUGCUGGCACUGCCCGAUCUUGUAAAUAUUUCCGUAGAAAGGGGGUUGGACGACCCUCGCUGCCUGCAGUACAGACAGAAAACAUGCUAAUAGUGUUUUCCGCUGGUGUUUCAGUGUUUUCCUCUGUGUAAAGCUGCAGAUACAGAGUACACACAGCCUGCGGAAGUUUGACGGCAGAUCAGAAGCCUGUGUGAGGAUGGAGCGGGGCGACGGGGACGAGAAUGAGAGCAGCUCGUCCCAACAAAACACUCUGUGGAAACAGUUUCAAGCCAAAGCAAAGCCGCUGCUCAGCCCCAAGCUGGGCGCCAGAGAGCCCGACGACAAGAAGGAGCGAAGCAUGUGGAUGUUCAAGAAGAAGAGGAAGGGAAACGUAAUGGACCGGGUGAUCUCCUCCUCGCAGCCCGACCUCAUCUUCUCCUCUCGGGUGGAUGUAGAGACGAAGGAGGCUCAGCUCUGCGGCAAAGCGGUCGGCCGGGAGAAGCUGCAGUCAACCUCCAAGCAAAGCUCAGCCAGCCCGAACAAACCUACGGUGGCUCAUUUGGUGCAGUCCCACCAUAAGAGCUCCUCUCUCGGGUCUGCGUGCCUGGAGAAGCUGGCCGAGCCGCCGGGCAGCAGCGGCGGAGGCGAGGCGGCAACAGCUGCAGCGGCAGCGGCAGCGGCGACACAGCUGGAGACGGAGGAUGAGCAGCCGGGUGUGGGUGCACCGUGCUCCUCAGGGCCCCCCAUUGAGCAAGCAGCCCUCCCCAGCUCAGGGAUGUACAAGCUGGACAUCGAGCUGAAGAGAGGACACAACCUGGCCAUCCGAGACAGAGGAGGUAGCAGUGAUCCAUACGUCAAGUUCAAGCUGGCUGGUAAGGAGGUGUUCAGAAGCAAAACCAUCCACAAAAACCUCAACCCGGUGUGGGAUGAAAAGACGACUUUAAUACUGGAUUGUCUGAGUGAACCUUUGUAUGUAAAGGUUUUUGACUACGACUUUGGCCUUCUAGAUGACUUCAUGGGUUCUGCUUACCUGUACGUGGAGUCUCUGGAGCAGCAGAGGACGAUACCUGUAACUCUGGUGCUGAAGGACCCUCAGUACCCGGAUCAGGACCUGGGCUCCCUGGAGCUCGCCGUCACCCUGACGCCUAAAGACAGUCCCAUAGAGGAACGACGAGACUCCACAACCAUGCUGCUCAGGAGGUCCUGGAAACGAUCCACUAAGCAGCAGCAGUCACAACGUCUCUCGGAGAUGCAUCGGAAGUGGCAGCUGUGGAGAGGCAUCGUCAGCAUCGCUCUCAUCGAAGGUCGGAACCUCAUCCCCAUGGACCCCAACGGUCUGAGCGACCCGUACGCCAAGUUCAGGCUGGGACACCAGAAGUACAGGAGCAAGACUGUGCCAAAGACGCUGAGCCCACAGUGGCGGGAACAGUUUGACCUGCAUCUGUACGAGGAGUCGGGAGGCGUGUUGGAGAUCACAGUGUGGGACAGAGACACCGGGAGGAGAGAUGACUUCAUCGGACGCUGUCAGUUGGACCUCUCCACUCUGGCUAAAGAGCAGACGCACCACAUGGAGCUGCCGCUGGAGGAGUCCCGGGGCUACGUGGUGCUGCUGCUCACGCUGACCGCCUCGGCUCACGUCUCCAUCGCUGACCUGUCCGUCACGCCGCUGGACGACCCGCAGGAGGGCAGGGAGAUACGCAAACGCUACGGUGUGUUGAAGUCGUUCUCUAACUUGAAGGAUGUGGGCAUCGUGCAGGUGAAGGUGAUGAGAGCUGAAGGACUCAUGGCUGCAGACGUGACUGGUAAGAGCGAUCCUUUCUGCGUGUUGGAGCUGAAUAACGACAGACUGUUGACACACACGGUUUACAAGAACCUCAAUCCAGAGUGGAACAAAGUCUUCACCUUUAAUCUGAAGGAUAUUCACUCAGUGUUGGAGGUGACGGUGUUUGACGAGGACAGAGACAGAAGCGCCGACUUCCUGGGGAAAGUGGCCAUCCCCUUAUUACACAUCCGUAACGGAGAGCAGAAAGGAUACGUGUUGAAGAAUAAGGAGCUGACAGGUCCGAGUAAAGGGCUCAUCUACCUGGAAGUUGACGUCAUCUACAACACAGUCAAAGCUGCUUUGAAGACGGUCGUCCCUGCAGAGCAGAAAUACAUCGAGGAAGAACCAAAAGUCUCCAAACACUUGCUGCAGCAGAACUUUAACCGUGUGAAGCGAUGCAUCAUGGUCUUGAUUAGCUAUGGGACGUAUAUCAGCAGCUGCUUUGAAUGGGAGUCUGCACAGAGGAGCAUCAUCUCCUUUGUGCUGUUUGUGGUCGUGGUUUGGAACUUCGAGCUCUACAUGCUGCCGCUGGCCUUACUGCUGCUGCUGGUCUGGAACUACUUCUUCUCCUCAAGCAGGGACACAACAGACGUGUCCAUGGAGGCCAUGUUUGAAUGGGAAGAUGAAGAGGAGGAUAAAGACGACAAGGACUCGGAGCACAAGGGCUUCAUGGAUAAACUGUACGCCAUCCAGGACGUGUUCAUCAGUGUGCAGAAUGCGCUGGACGAGGUGGCAUCGUACGGAGAGAGGAUAAAGAACACCGUUAACUGGACAGUGCCUUUUCUAAGCUGGUUGGCGAUCACUGCCUUAUGUCUGGCCACAGUUCUUCUCUACCUCAUUCCUCUUCGAUACCUCGUGCUCGCAUGGGGUGUGAACAAGUUCACGAAGAAGCUUCGUGAUCCGUACAUGAUCGACAACAAUGAGCUUCUUGACUUUCUCUCCAGAGUGCCCUCUGAUGUUCAAGUGAUGCAGUACCGGGAGCUGAAGGUCGAUCCAGGACAAAGCCCCAGCAAACGGAGGAGGACGAACCUGAGCUAGCAGCACGCUCACAUUAACAAUCACUCCUCUCUGAACUGUACAACAAUGUAAACUAAGUUAUUUAUAUAUUUCUUGUAUAUUUGGAUUAUUAUGAGAAGAUGUGAAUGUUUUGAGUUUUGAGUUUUUGUUACUGUGGAAAGAUUUAUUUUCUAAAUCUUGUAAAGAAACACUUCUUCUGGUGAUGUUUUUUAAAUCUCUUUUAUUUCUUGUAACAACACUUCACAGGAUGAAGCUAAAGUGAUAUAUGUGGUAAUAAUGUAUGUCAUGAAUGUACAUGUGUAUGUUACAAUGAGCAUGCGUGUAUGAAGGUGUGCUGCUGUUGCAUGGGAUAUUUGCAUCUCUGAUUUCUGUUUUUUUUUUUUUAUUUCUUUAAACAUUAUUGUGCUAUUUUUAAUGUGUUGUUAGAGUCUGAUGUUAUUUUAAAGAUAGAGAUGCAUGUUAUUACCGUCACUGUUGUUCCACGUAUGACCGUACACACACGUACACGCCCGGUAAACAUGUGAAACACACGUCAGAUUAGAUCAAAUCCACACUACAACUUUGCAUGUUGACUUAAUGAACUGUUUAAAUGGAAAAUAACAUCAUCUGGAUUUCAUUGUGGAAAUUCAAACUGGAA